GGGGGCCACAGAGGGAUCAGGAGACCUCCCUCGAGGUCCGGCUUUCGGUCUGUCCGCGGUUCCACCUGUUCUGCUGUCUGCCAACAGCCGCCUCCGCGGGGAAUGGGAGAACAAAGGGAGGGGGCGGUUCUGGGGCCCCUGAGGGAAUCCAGGGUCCCACGUACCCCUCCCACGUACCCGCUGACACUUUCGGUUUCUCCCCGAGUCAGAGGCGCCGCCCAAGAGAACCUGGGCCGGCGCCGGGCGCAGCUGCCUCUCCGCGUUUGCCUGUCCGUCUUUGUGUCUGUCUCUGUGUCUGUCUGGCUGUCUCCGAGCUUGCCUCCACUUCUAGAAUCAACCUUCCCGGCAGCGACAUACCCCAAACUCUCGCCCCAUCCCCAUGGCAGGCUACGCCUCUUCGCCCCCACCUGCCUACCCUGUGACCGCUGGGUACCCGGAGCCAGCCCUGCAUCCUGGGCCCGGGCAGGCCCAUGUGCCCGCCCCUGCCCCCGGCUUCGUUGUCUUCCCUUCGCCAGGCCCUGGGGCACCCCCGGGACCUGCUGCCCCCUUCUUGCCACUGCCGGGGGUGCCUUCUGGCCUCGAAUUCCUGGUGCAGAUUGAUCAGAUCUUGAUUCACCAGAAGGCUGAGCGAGUGGAAACACUCCUAGGCUGGGAGAUGUGUAACCGGUACGAACUGCGCUCGGGGGCCGGGCAGCUGCUGGGGCAGGCGGCCGAGGAAAGCAACUGCUGCGCACGUCUGUGCUGUGGAGCCCGCCGGCCCCUGCGUGUCCGCGUGGUGGACCCCGGGGACCGAGAGGUGCUGCGCCUGCUCCGCCCCCUCCACUGUGGCUGCAGCUGUUGCCCUUGUGGCCUCCAAGAGAUGGAAGUACAAUCUCCGCCUGGCAUCACCAUUGGCCAUGUGCUACAGACCUGGCAUCCCUUCCUCCCCAAGUUCUCCAUCCAGGACGCUGAUCGCCAUACUGUUCUGCGAGUGGUGGGGCCCUGCUGGACCUGUGGCUGUGGCACAGACACCAACUUUGAGGUGAAGACUCCAGAUGAAUCACGCAGUGUGGGCCGAAUCAGCAAGCAGUGGGGUGGGCUGCUCCGAGAAGCUCUCACAGAUGCAGAUGAUUUUGGCCUGCAGUUUCCGCUGGACCUGGAUGUCAGGGUGAAGGCUGUGCUGCUGGGAGCCACCUUUCUCAUUGACUACAUGUUCUUUGAGAAGCGAGGAGGUGCUGGGCCUUCUGCUAUCGCCAGUUAGAGACCGCCUCAAGGAGAAGAGACCAUCACCUCAACCAGAAUUCAAGAUGGUCACCUGCCCUGGCCUAGCCCCUCCUCAGAGGCGCCACCUUCCUCCAUGUACAUUGCACAGGACAGACAGGGAUGCCUCAGAGGCGGCCAUGGUGCCCCAUCCUUGCCCUAAUCCCCUGGCCGCCUCCACCUGUGGCCCACACAGAAGGGUAUGAGAGCCCUUCCCCUGCUACCUCCCACCACUGUCUCUGGCAAAUGCUCAGCACACAGGUAUAUCAGCUUUUAAACUUUCCCUACCCACUUCCUUCCACUCCUGCCAGGCAGGGCCUCUGCUCUGAAUGAGGCCUUUAGAACCCAGGACUCUGGGGCCUUAUGACAGAGCUGAGGCAGGGAGGGGUAAGCAGCACCAAAGAUGACAGACAUGGCUUCCUUCCCCCCAUCAGCUCGGCCAGGCCAUGGCACUCCGAGGGGAUCCCCCUCCCCACCAACAGGUGUAGGGCCAAGGCCCUAGUGCCAACCUCCUCUCCCCCUUGGGCUAUGCCCACAGCCAGUGCCUGCUACAACUUCCUGUGCCUUAUUUAACACCCCCUCCAACUGCUUUCUUUCCUUGCCCUAGGAAGGAAGCUCUGUCUUUGUAUGUUAUAUUCAUAUAAACUUUGUAAUUUUUUGGA